AUGGAGCUGACGCAGGAGCUCGUGAAGAAGAAGGUCGAGCUGCUCGAGCAGCAGAAGGCCAAGGCCGCCAAGCUCAAUGAGCUCCUUGACGCUCCUGGGGGGUUCAAUGAAGUGUCUCGCAAAACGUGCAAGAACCUGGAAGCUGCUAUCACUGCGUCCAAGCGGCCCGGAUACUUUGCGUAUUACGAGCAGCCCGAAAACGUGAAAAACGUCCUGCGCACGGGCGGGAUGCAACGACUGCAGGAGCAAAUCGUCCACCUGCAGAAGCAGAUCGACCAGCUCACUGAAAAGAUAGAGAAGAGCGCUGAAGGACACGAGGUUGGUCACACCGGCAUCACGAUCACAAGCCUCAAGCAUUGGCUUGCCACGUACGGCACGCCCAAGCCGCAGUCUACCUCCGACCUGUUCACCGUCUUCACACCGGACAAGAAGGUCUACGGUGGCACUGCUCACUACUCGGCCUUCCGUACCCAGGCCAGCACAAUGAAGAAGGGCCGGCUGACCAAAUGA